AUGAAGUCCCAGGCAACCACGAUUUGCUGUUUAAUAUUAUUUCUGGCCACAGAAUAUUCUCAUAGUAGAUUCCAUAUCCGCACAAAAGAUGGAGAUAAACUUCAAGGUCCUGAAAGAAAACCCAAGACUGGAAGAAUUCAAGGAAAAUGCCAUGGACCUUGCAGUCCUUCUUCUAACUGCAGCCAGCCCUGUGCUCAGCACUUUCAUGGAGAAAUAGGAUUUAUCUGUAAUGGAAACAAGUGGCAGAAAUCAACUGAAACAUGUACAAGCCUUUCUGUGGAAACACUCUUUAUGGACUCAAACAGUGCAUCGCGCCUCUCCGUGGCAGCACCGUCUAUAACUCUGCACAUUCUUGACUACCAAGCCCCAGAGCCCAUCAGGAGUGUAGCUCAAGGAAUCCAGAAGAACUGCCCACUGGAUUACGCCUGCAUAAUUAAUGCUGUGAAAUCAUCAGAAGCAACGUCCGGAAAUAUUGCAUUUAUAGUGGAGUUACUAAAAAACAUUUCUACGGAUUUGUCUGAUAAUGUCACCCGAGAGAAAAUGAAGAGCUACAGCAAAGUGGCUAACCACAUCCUCGACCCAGCGGUCAUUCCAAACUGGGCUUUCAUUCCGGACAAAAAUGUCAGCUCUGAUCUGUUGCAGUCAGUGAACUGGUUUGCGAGGCAACUCCACAUCCAGAAUGAACCUGAGCACAUUGUGGAUGAAUUCUUCAUUCAGACGAAAGGGUUCCCCAUCAACAACAAUACCUCAGAGAGAAGUCUCAGUUUCUCCAUGAACUUGAACAAUACAGUGGAGGGUAUCCUAGGAAUCAUAGAGAUUCCCAGGCAAGAGCUGCAGAAGCUCCCCCCAAAUGCCUCCCAAGCUGUUGGCAUAGCUUUUCCCACUUUGGGCGCUGUCCUGAAAGAGGCCCACUUGGAAAAUGCCCACCUUCCCAGGCUGGUAAACGGACUGGUCCUUUCAGUGAUUUUACCAGAAAGAUUGGAGCAAAUCUUAUUCACCUUUGAGAAGAUCAACAAAUCCAAAAAUGCCAGGGCCCAAUGUGUUGGCUGGCACUCCAGGAAAAGGAGAUGGGAUGAGAAUGUCUGCGAAACAACGCUGGACACCAAGCAUAGAGUGAAAUGCCGGUGUAACUACACCAACGUGAUGAUGUCGUUUUCCAUCCUCAUGUCCCCCAUAUCUGUGGACAACAAAGUCCUGGACUACAUCACCUGCGUUGGACUCAGCAUCUCCAUCCUUAGCUUGAUUCUUUGCCUGAUCAUCGAAGCCACCGUCUGGUCCCAUGUGGUCAUGACGGACAUAGCAUAUAUGCGACAUGUAUGCAUUGUGAAUAUAGCUGUGUCGCUCUUGACUGCCAAUGUGUGGUUCAUCUUAGGCUCCAACUUCAACAAAAAGGCCCAGGACUACAACUGGUGUGUUGCGGUGACAUUUUUUAGCCACUUUUUCUACCUCUGUCUGUUUUUCUGGAUGCUCUUCAAAGCUCUGCUCAUCAUCUAUGGACUACUGGUCGUUUUCCGGAGGAUGAUGAAGUCCCGCAUGCUGGCCAUUGGCUUUGCCGUUGGCUAUGGGUGCCCGUUAGUCAUUGCUGCCACCACCGUGGCUAUCACAGCGCCAGGGAAAGGCUACGUGAGACAUGGUGCCUGUUGGCUUAACUGGGAUGACACCAAAGCCCUUUUAGCCUUUGCCAUCCCAGCCUUGGUCAUUGUGGCUGUGAAUCUUGUUGUGGUUUUGGUUGUUGCUGUCAACACUCAGAGACCGUCUAUUGGUAGUUCCAAGUCUCAAGAUGUGGCCAUAAUCCUGAGGAUCAGCAAAAAUGUCGCCAUCCUCACGCCACUGUUGGGACUAACCUGGGGUUUUGGAAUAGCUACGCUCAUAGAAGGCACUUCCUUGAUAUUCCAUAUAAUCUUUGCCCUGCUCAAUGCUUUCCAGGGGCUUUUCAUCUUGCUGUUUGGAACCAUUAUGGACCACAAGAUACGAGAUGCUUUGAGGAUGAGGAUGUCUUCACUGAAGGGGCAGUCAAGGGUAGUAGAGAAUGCAUCGUUAAGCCCAACCUAUGGAUCUAAAUUAAUGAAUCGUUGAGGAUAAGACGCUGCCCCAUGCUUCACGGAAGUCCUGGGUCCUGGCUGGAGAGUUGAACUCCUGCAGGAGGCUGGAAGACAGGCUGGAAUGUGGAGGGACAGUCAUGUUUCUUUGGAAGAAUUUCUCUUCUUGCCAGAAAUGAUGUCUGAACUCUCAGUAAGAAGGUUUGCCGAGGAAAAAUUGAGGAGAGCAUUUGGUGACUGGGCUCUAAGGACGUGGUUUUAUGGACCCUUUGAUCUACCCAUGACCUGCAAAAGCCUAGCUUCUUGGUCAAUCUUGGCAAGAUUAAGACUUAAUCACCUUUCACCCUCCAGGAUUUGCUCUGCGGUUCCUUGGCUCAACCUCCCAUGUCUCUGCAUGGAUCCUGGGCUCUUUGGGAGGUCAGGAUCUGGAUCCAGGUUUGGGGCUGGUUGGGGAUAA